UCAGUCGAGAGUCAGCCUUCAGCAGCGCCACAGCGAGCUUUUGCUGCUCUGCCCCCCAGUUUCGUUUCGGCGUCCAUAUCUCAUUUGGUUUUCACCACUUACGUUUCACGGUUUUCGUUGGCACGCCCGCGCUAAUUAAUCCGCAGAUAUAUCCAGCAGUAAUCGGGCCAAAUGCCGUACAUAAUCAUACGGGGGAACCUAGCCUCCUACAGCCACAAAUAUCCAUGGAGGGUGCUCGUCUCCGGGUUGAAAGCUGACGACAUCGAGCAGUUGAACAAGUUCUCCUGCGGCGGCUACAGCGACGAGUCCACCAUCGUCUACCUAGUGCAUCCUUGUCGAAUACUAUCGGCCCUAGAAAUCCUGGGAUUUCGCGUGGUGGCCAGCUCAUCGACUGCCGUGAAGCAGGACUACAACGAGUAUAUGUGGACGAUGCGCAAGGAGUUCGACGAACCAGAACCCUUGGAAGCCGAGUCCGUGGUGCGAGAGAAUCUAUCGAAUAUUGGCCGCGAGGCAGCCAGUUUAGGCAACUAUCACAAAGUGGAUUCGCCUGAAUAGAGAGG